AUGAAUUUGUCGGUGACGGGAAUAGUGUAUGGAUUUCUCUUUGUAAUUGCAUAUAUCUUUCUCCCGUUCUUUCAAGCCCAUUUGUCACCGGACCCUUUGCACCGAUACGCAUUUUGGUAUUUGUAUGACACAUUGAGUUACCCAUUAUUAUCGAUCUUUGUUUUAAGUAUAUUGGGCGUUCUUAGUCUUGUCCAUGGAAGUACACAGUGGAAGGCAGUCACGUCAGGGAUCUACGAAAACUUGACGCUGACAUUCCACGAGAGAUAUUUAGUACUUGUCAUAUUGGUGUUGUCAAGUGUUGGUGUUUCAUUUCUACUUGUGACGUUUCCGAAGGCGAUCUGUUAUUUUGUCCACAAUUUGUUUGGGUCGACUCCUGUUAGUGUGAAGGCAAGUGCAAUCCAAGACCAAAUCAAUGCAAUCAAAAAGAGACAAAAAGUGUUGAAAACGGAAGAAGCGUUCAACCAUCUGACUAUGGACGAAAAAGUCGAGUCGACACAAAACGACGAGAAAAUCGAGAAACUCAAAGUCGACUUCCGAAAUGUCAUGAAGACACGAAAACGACAAGAGUUUCUUCAAACACUUGGUAUACUCUUAGGUGUUCUAUUAAGUCUUGCAACUGUAUCUUUAGCUGUGUGUUUGACGGUUGAGUCUGUUGUAAUCGGGAAGAAGAGUGUGUGUGGAGCCUUAUGUGGAUUUUAUGUGAACGAGCGUGGUAUUCUCGACGACGUCAUUAAAAUGUUUGGGGUAUUUUCACCGGUCAUUUUAACACUCUUAUGGCUCAUAGUCGCAUUUUUUCAUGUUGUUGGUGUUUUUUGUAAAGUAGAAGAUACGGGAAGAGUCAAACUUCAAUUAUUAACACUUCGGAAGAGAGAAUAUCAUUUGUGGGUUAAAAUGUUCAUGUGUAUGUUAAUAGGGUUUGGUGGUAUUAGUUUAUUAAUUCAUGUGAUAUCACCUAACGUCUAUUUGAACACUGAGGUGAACAUCUUCAUCAUCGGAAAAUUGCACUUCCCACUGUUCGGACUCUUCGUGAGUAUUUUAAGGUGGGUGCUCCUCUUCGACUUAUUUGGGUCUGUUGUGUAUGCAUUCUUGUAUUACAAAUCAACGGAAGAAGCAACGACGAUGGACGACCAAGUCAUUCCAUUUUACUUGAGAUAA